GUCUCGUUGGCGGCAGUGAACUUCUAUUUCAGUGAUCAGUAUUUUGUUUACAGAGACUGUGUGUUGGCGAAAAACGUGUUUCAGUUAGUUGAUUGGUAAUGUUUUGAUCUGCUACUAAGUUCGCUGCUGUCAGAAUUAAGAAGAGUGUGAAUAUUUUUUUAAAACUGCUGUGCAGAUUUAAACAACCAUGUUUCGAGACAGGAAGCCAUCAAGAGGACCAGCAGGAAGAGGCAGAGGAGUAUAUCGACCCUCAGGCUUAAAACCCCGAGGUGCAGGAGGUAUUGGGCCCUGGCCUACCAAAGGAAGACGAUUUGUUGAUGCGCCUUACAAUAUUAAUAAGAAGAACAAACUGAAAGAACAAAAACAGGUACAGACAGCUGUAAAUCCACGGGCUGUUGCAGAAGAUUUUGUGGGGUACAGACAGAGGAUGUUGAUAACACUAGAUCCCGAUCGAAAAUUAGAGGAAAAGGAAAUAGCCCAAAUCAAAGAAGCACUCCUAGAUGCUCUUGAACCUCUAGAGGAUGGGUAUUUUCCACAGUUUUACGGGACUUCCGUGGCGAAGGGUGCGCUCGUUAUGUCUUGUGCCAACGAGCAGACAAAACUCUGGCUAGAGAGAAUUGUGCCAGAUUUGAAGCCGUGGAAGGGUGCAAAGCUCCUAGUAAAGCCUAAAGGGGAGGUCGUACAAGGAACUAAGGUGCUACUCAAGACGCCAAAGUUGUUUGCCAAGACAGAGCCAAAAAAAAUCUUGCAGAUGCUUGGCACUCAAAACAAAACCCUCGAUACAAGCCUUUGGAAGAAUGUCAGUGUGACUUCUGAAGCUACAGGCCAGACUCUAGUCUUCAUGGUUGAUGACCAGUCUCUCGAAGCCAUCCGGGCCUUGGACAAUAAAGUUUACCUCGGAUUAGGCAAUGUUGAUUUAGUUAUCUUAAAUGAGGAGGAUGGCAAGCAGACCUCUGCAGAUACAGAUGAGAAAAAUGAGGAAGAGAGUGACAAGCAGACCUCUGGAGAUACAGACAUGAAAAACGAGGAGGGAGAUGCCAUGAAGAUGUCUGUAGAUGCAGACAUGAAAAAUGAGGAGGAAGUGGCCAAGCAGACACCUUCAGAUACAGACAUGAAAAAUCAGGAGGAAGCUGCCAAGCAGACGUCUGUAGACACAGACAUGAAAAAUCAAGAGGAAGCUGACAAAGAGACAUGUGUAGAUACAGACAUGAAAAACAAGGCGGAAGCUGACAAGCAGACCACCUAGAUACAUAUGUGACUCUCUCAGAACUGAAGUGUAUUGAAGUUCAUAUUGAAGAAGGAGGCCCAAAUAUUUAGACUAGUGUUGCUCAAAUUGAGCAAAUUUGUUUUCCUUCUAUAGUGCAAUGAGGAGGACAAUGUCUGUGCUUAAAAUUUCUGUGGCUAGGGCUGGACCUGCUUCCAGCUACAGUACAAUCUUGUUAAUUUGGACUAUGUGGGAUCAAAAGUAAGCCUAAAAAUACAGGAGAAUGUGGUAAAAUGAAUAAUAAAGUUGUAGCCUUCGAGCCAGAAACUCGUUUGAUACUGCCAUUUUGUUAGUCUGCCCUGUGCAAAUGUCUUUGUAACUACCUGCUUACCAUGGUCGAGCCUCAGUCUUCGUGCACAACUUUUAACUCUCACACUCCCCUCCAGCGUGAGGUUGAUGAGUCUUUGAUGAAUCAGAUUGUGUCCUGUCAAUUGAUCCCUUCCUUUACUCAAGUUGAGCCAUACAUUUCCAUUUGAUACAAUACAUCCUCAAUUAUCCAUCCUGCCCAUUAGAUGUUCAACAUCCUUCUGUCAAAAGUUUUUUUUUUCCCCUACCAUUUAAUGUCCAUGUUUCACAUUCAUAUAAGGUUUACCCUCUAUACUCCAAACCCUUAAAUUUAUAUUAAAUGUUAAUAUAUUUCUCUUUCACAGGAAGCUUUUCUUGAUUUGCCAGUCAAUUAUCAGUUCUUUUAUCACCCAAAUAGCAAAACUUAGCCAAUUUUAAGUUCUCACUUCCUAGCCCAAUUCCCCCAACAUCACACGAUUUAAAUAGAAUAUACUCCCUGACCCAUAUUUUUCUUUUAUUUAUGUUCAUCUUAUAACCUGUUUCAAAUGCAUCAUCCACUCCUUUCAAGUAAUCUUCCAAGGCUUAUGAUGAGAAAACAUGUGGUUAAUUUUGAUUUAAAAUUAUGUAACAAACAAAAUUUACAGCUUGUCGAAAAACAAAAACUAUUGUCUUUGCGGUACUUUUUCGAAAGACUUGUUGAGCUGCAGUGGAGUGCUGAGGUAUGCAGCUUCUUUGUACUCGUAUGUUUCAGUACACAGGCACCGAGUGGUGUUUUCAAUACCUACAUCAGAGCAUCCAUUUAAUUGUUCAUACAUAAUAAAAAAUCGCCUUCAACCUUCUCAAACAAAUUCACUGAAAGUUGUAUACACGCCACUGUAUUUAAAAGUUGUUUAAUCUAAGAAAUGAAAGUAAAAUGUUCAUCAGAAAUUAAUUGGGAUAUAUGAGGGCUGGACAAAUGAGGAUGUAACAUGAGAUACUUUAAUGUAGUCUUUAUAUGAUAGGUCUUCACAAUUUUGAACAUUUCUUCCUUAUUAUAGACUUUUUAAAGUCAUUGUAUUUCCUAACAAAUAAAGUGAAGUGUUAGUUGUU